AUGAAAGACGGCAGGUGGAUCAAGCAGCAGGAAGGAUUCUUGAUCGCUCAACGCUUCGCUUCUAUUCAGGGUAUCGCUAUGUCUGAAAUUCAGACUUUGAAUGUACGAUUGGUGUAUUCUAUUUUUCAUGUAACGUCAAUUGAUCGCUCCGUGGGAAGUCCAGACCGGGCUGUGAUGGUAUCGUCAGUGUUUUCAUGGGGCUGUGUCCAGGUCUGGAUGGUGCCAAAUACGUGCGCCGUGGCCGUGCGCCCGGACAAAGGAUGUGGCCCGUGCAAGACGAGAGCACACUUUCAUGCCCGGGUCCGCGGUGGUGACUCCAAGCUUGCUGUACUGAGGGGGGUUGCUCUCCUUUUUUGUAUUAGGAAAGAUGGGGCUCUGGAUUAUUGGGGCGAUUGGGUUUUGAAGUUAAGGGAAUGGUGCAAAUUGCCCUGUAUUGCCUUCAAGGUGAUUGGGCGCUUUUGUCUUGCAGGUGAUGUGUGA